CUCCCGUCAACCAUUGGUGGAAUUCAAAAACAGGACCGCAGUUUGAUUCGACUUGCAUGACAGAAUACGGAAUGUUUGGGAUUUUCUGGCGAGACGCUAAAUUUCCCUUCGCAGAAAAAUGGAUACUUGUAUGAACACUAAAAUGGAGAGGUUGGAGUCAGAAGAUGUUGCUGAUUUGAGGAAAGACUUGCUGUCGGAAUUUUCAGUUAUGUCUGACGGCCAGAACUCCACAACUGAAGCAAAGGAGCAUUUGAAGGUGUACCUUCGAAUAAGACCAUUUACCUCGUUCGAGACAGAAAAUGGCGAGUCACAAGAUUGCGUGGCCAUAGAAACGCCCGAUACUGUCCUUCUGAAGGCACCAACCAUGUCGCUAUCCUCUCGACUGAGUGACAAAUCAGCAUCACAGACGGCACAGCGGUUUCAGUUUUCGCAGGUCUAUGGUCCUGACACAACACAGAAGGAGAUGUUUGAUGGAACAGUGAAGACUCUUGUCAAGGAUGUGCUGGAAGGAGGGAAUUCUUUGGUCUUCACAUAUGGAGUCACAAACGCAGGAAAGACGUACACUUUUUUAGGUCCAGAAACAAAUGCAGGAAUCCUGCCACGGUCUUUGAACGUCAUCUUCAGCAGCAUCGAAGGCCACAUCUACACGCAGAUGAAUCUGAAACCCCAGAGGUGUCGAGAGUUCAUCAGGCUCGCCGCGGACCAACAAAGCGAAGAGGCCACCAUGAAACGGAGCCUCUUUAGACUUCUCAAAGAGUCUGAUGCAAGGAACACAAGCAGCCAAUCAAACUCCAGGAUAAAUCCGGAAGGCUCCACGCUGAGUGAACUAGAUGGCUCCCUGAUGGAGGACGGUUUCAACCUGGACCUGGAGGAGCACACCAAGUUCUCUGUCUGGGUGUCCUUCUGUGAGAUCUACAACGAGAACAUCCACGACCUGCUGGAGCCUGUGCCGACCGGGGCCGCAAGGAGACCUGCCCUCAGGCUUUCCCAGGAUGUCAAGGGGAACUUAUUUGUCAAAGAUUUGCGGUGGGUGCAGGUAAACAGUGCUGAGGAAGCUUAUAAAAUCAUGAAAGUGGGCAAGAAGAACCAAAGCUUCUCCAGUACUAAACUCAACCAGCUGUCAAGCAGAAGCCAUAGCAUCUUUUCCAUCCGAGUCAUGCGCAUUGAUGACGUUGGGCUUCCUAGAGUCAAAACGGUUAGCGAGUUGUCCUUGUGCGACCUGGCUGGCUCGGAAAGGUGUGCCAAAACUCAGAAUGUAGGCGAUCGCUUGAAAGAGGCAGGAAACAUCAACACCUCAUUGCUCACUCUGGGGAAAUGUAUAAACAUACUGCGGCACAACCAGCAAGCUAAGGUGCCCCAACUUGUGCCCUUUCGAGAGAGCAAGCUCACACAUUACCUCCAGAGCUACUUCAUGGGACGAGGCAAAGCCUGCAUGAUUGUCAACGUCAACCAGUGCGCCUCAGUGUAUGACGAGACGCUCAACGUGCUCAAGUUCUCUGCUGUUGCACAGAAGGUGGUGGUCCUGAGCACCAAGACGAUUCCAGUCGUGGAGGUAGGCAAGAAGGGCGCGAGGAAGGUGUCGUUCAUCAUCAACAACGCUGAGCACCGGAAUCUGGAGCGGAAGCUGCGCAGGAGCUCGCUGGUGCAGUGGGACUCCAGCCUGGAGGAUGUGCAGGAGGAUGAAGAUGACUGGGAGGAAGAGGAGGACGAUUCAGUGACUGAUCUCGUCGAACCAUAUGAAGAGCAGUUGAGACUGGUGGAGGAGCUGAAAGAAGAGCUUCAGAAAGUGAAGUCUGACAACAUGCUGGUGGAGUGUCGUAUCCGUGAGGAGGUCACCAACGACUUCUCUGAGCUUUUCACACAGAUGGAGGCUGACUUCAGUGAACGCUUGGCUAAAGAGAAGGCCAUGAUUGAGGAGAGGUGUGAGAGACGCCUUGAGCUCCUGAAGGAGUUGGUCAAGAAGAACUCCCGCCAUGAUGAAGAUGAGGAUGGUGUUCAGUCAAAUGACGAGCAGUGUCUUGACGAAAUGAUAGACUCUAUGUGCAGUGACGUGGAGAGCAUCAGGAAGGAUGCCGAGGCGGCCCAGUCCUGCCUGGUCAGCCACCCUGCCCCUGCCCCCGCCCCCAUUGCCAUGCUGAGCGACCUUCAGAGGAAGGUCACCGAGCUCACACAGGAGCUCAUUCAAAGCCAGAGCCUUCUCUCCAAGAAAACCUCAGAACUGGACAAGCAACAAAAGCAAUCCAGGGAGGAGCUUGAGGAGACUAAAAAAAAGCUGCAGUCUCAGGAGGUCCGCUGUGAAGAGCAAAUGGCCAUGUGUCACCAGAAGGACUCAAUGGUCAGCAAACUGCAGGCCACUAUUGACAUGCAGACUGAGGCCACCACUAAAGAUAGAGCGCUGAUUGACUCCAUCCGAAAAGAGCUCUUGGAACUGCGGGCCAAAUGCACCUGCACAGGUGCGGGUGGACGGAGCUCUCAGACCGAGACCAGGAAGCGGAGGCAGCAACAGGGGGAGGGGCUGGACGAGCAGCCCCCUCUAAAGAAAGGUGCUGUAGAUGACUGUGACCUCUCAGAGCUCUCUGACCCCUCAGAGGUCAAAGGUCAACCAGAGGUCACGCAGGCGGAGUCUCAGCUGAAGGGUGAGCGGUUAGCUGAGUCAGAGCAGCGGCGGCAGUCUCUUGAGCUGCGUCUGCGAGAUGUCGCCGCCCAGCUGACGGACCGGCAGCGCGCCCACGAUCAGGUUCUGAGAGAGAAGGAGGAACUUGACCGCGAGGUGAACAUCCUUCAAAGCAAAUCAAGGGAACAGGUCAGAACACUAGCCGAACUGGAAGCUGAGGUCAGCACCACCAAGGCGCAGUUGCAAGCGACUCAAGGGCAGGAUGCAGAGGAGCUUGAAAGGACCUGCAAGGAACUGAGUGCUGCCAAAGCACAAAUGGCCACUCAAGAGGCAGAGGUCAGAGAGAAGACUGCCCUUAUCGAGAAGCUCUCACAGGAAGUUCAGCAGCUUAGAGGCAAAGUGGCCGCAGUUACAACAGACUCGUCUCACCUGGACGACAAAGUGAAGCAGAGGCAGGAGAUGGAUGAUAAGGAGGCCUCCCUCUCUUCCAAGGACAAAGAGCUUUGCCAGAGAGAGAAGGAGCUGUCGGAGAGGGAGGCUGAACUCAAAGUCCUACAAGAGCAGUGCCGUGCGCCGGGUCACGACCGACACGCUGAGCUGGAGAAGGCGCUUGGCCUCCGAGAGGCUACACUGUCUCAGAAAGAGCAGGAGCUGGAGGAGAAACUGGCCACCACAGAGGCCCAACUGGCGGAGAAAGAGGAAGCUCUGGAGGAGAAGCUGGCCAUGAAAAGUGCGGAGCAUUCUCAGAGAGAGGAGGCGCGAGAGAGGAGGCUGGCGCUUAGAGAGGCGGAGCUCAGUCAGAGAGAGGAGGCCCUAGAGAGGAAGCUGGCUGACCAAGAGGCCGAGUUGGAGAAGAGGACGGCCCUCAGAGAGGCCGAGUUGGAGAAGAGGACGGCCCUCAGAGAGGCCGAGUUGGAGAAGAGGACGGCCCUCAGAGAGGCCGAGUUUCUGCAGAAGGACGAGGAGCUGCGCAGCACCCUCACCGCCAAGGAAGAGGAGUUAUCCAAGAGAGAGGGGGAGGUGGAGAAGGCCCAGGCCCAUCAGGAGGCCGUAGCCACACAGAGCAAAUCGGAGGCGUCGUCGUCGUCGUCCCAGAAGGAGCUGGCCAGCAGGGAGGCGGAGUUAGCCAGCAAGGAGGCGUUGCUGUCGCAGAAGGAGGAGGAGUUGUCGCGGUUGCAGCGUAGCCUGAAGGAGGCGCAGGAGCGGGCAGAGGAGGCGGAGUCGGCGGCGGUGCAGGAGGCGCGGCGCAAGGAGGUCGAGCGCAGGAGGGAGCUGCUGGCCGUGGCGGAGGAGGCCAUCGCUCAGAAAGACGGCGAGCUGCAGAAACGAGCCCAGGAGAUCAACAGGUUAAAGGAGGAACUGAAAGUGGGCACAGAUAAAGUCCAGAGUCUGGCCCUGGAUCUGCAGAGACGAGAAGACGACUCAUCAGACCUGAAAGAGAAACUGGUCGACUCCAAGAAACAGAUUCAACAGGUCCAGAAGGAGAUCUCAUCCAUGCGGGACGUGGAGAAAUCUCUGCGUCAGAAGGUGCAGGACCUGGAGAAGACCAGAGCCCAGCUUCAGAAGGACCUCAGCAGCCGAGACCGCGCCAUUCACAUGCUCAAGAGUGAACAGUCAGCAGAUAAAUCAGACGAAACCCUUCAGCUGUAUCAGAAAGCCUGCAAAGACCUGCAGGCGCGUGAGCAGGUGAUUGAGGACAUGCGCAUGGUGCUGACAGAGCAGGAGGAGACUCAGAACCAAAUGGACCUGGAGCUGGAGGCCCAGCUGGACCAAAAUCAACAACUCACUCAAGAGGUGGAGAAACUGAAGACUCUGCUGCUGAAGCAGGACAGCAGGAGGGAUGUUGGCAUGACGGGAGAGAUGGACACUCAGGCCAGAGAGGAGCUGGCCCAGGCACAGGAGAACCUAAAGCUGUCCAGUGAGAAGUCCCAGGCGGACCGUAAGAAGUGGCUGGAUGAGAAGAUGGUUCUGAUCCGUCAGGCCAAAGAGGCGGAGGAGAAGAGGAACCAGGAGAUGAGGCGCUUUGCAGACGAACGUGAGCGGCACGCCCGGCAGCAGACGGAGCUGGAGGCCAUGUCGGAGCGUUUGCGGGAACGGGAUCAGGAGAUGGAGCGCUGGCGCAAGGACAGGGACACACUGGUGUCUGCGCUCGAGGUGCAGCUCCGCAAACUCGUCGCCUCCAACAUGGAGAAGGACCAGCAGCUGCAAAGGCUCCAGCGCAGUAACGACUCCCAACCACUAGAGGGCGAGGCGUCUGUCGAGCAGCUGCGGAAGCUCUUGUCUGACAGAGAGGCCGAGAUCCUGCACCUGAAGGACCAGCUGAGGACCAGCACCCAGCCCGGCCACUCUAACCCAGCACCACCACCCCCGCAGCGGGACUCUUCAACACAGACCAACCUAGUGGCAGAGCCAGAGAAGGUGUCGGACAUUUCAACUGGCAAACUGCUGGACAGCAGCACCCUGAGACAACAAAGAGAGAAGAGCAGAGGAUCUGUCAUCAGCCAGAGUUCGUCGGGGGGCUACCCAUCGGUGCUGGAGUCGUCUGAGAUCUCCACGGAGACGGGGCGGCGUUCCCGUUUCCCGCGGCCAGAGCUGGAGAUCUCCUUCAGCCCGCUGCAGCCUGACCGGCUGGCGCUGAGGCGGCAGGGAGACGACGAGGCCGUCACCGUUAAGAUCAAGCGCUCUGCGCGCAAGAGGAAGAGCACCGACAUCGAGAAGUCUUUCAGUUUAAGGAAGAAAAUCGGCAAGAGCAACAAUAAAGCAACACCUCAAACGCCCAAACAAAACACACAGGACGCGGUGGACAGUGAAAACAAGAGGAACACAAGGUCCAGGCUGACACCCAAACUGGCGAUGCACCAGGAGGAGUCUCCUGCCCCAAGCAGUAAAGCCUCCCAUGGAUCUCAGUCCAGUCUCCGAAGUGGAAGAGAGGGCAAGCUGCAGAAGAUUGGAGACUUCCUGCAGAGCUCGCCCACCUUCCUGGGCAGUAAAGCUAAGAAGAUCAUGGGGCUAGUAAGUGGACGGUCUGAUGUGGAUGGAGGCACCUCGUCCAAACGGCCCAAAAAGAAGCUCUACCACCCAGCGAUCUCAGCCCCCAUGGAUAUACCUGCCAACCAGAUCAUUGGACGAGAGACAGAGGAGAGGGAAAGUGACCACCUCGUCAUAAAGAGACGUCUGCGCUCCCGAUUCGGAAAGUGAAGUCCUCCCAAAAGGAAGCCAAUCGAUACGGUUUGGUUUGGUCUGUCAAAACACAUUUAGCUCACUUCCUGCACAGUGAUUUUAAUUUUUUUAACACUUGCACUUUUUUUUACUGUACACAGUGUUUUAUAUAAUGGAAUAUUUUGUAAUUUUUAUUGUGUAUCAUUGUUAUAUAUUGCACAAAUUUUGAUUAUUUAGUCAAUGGUCAAGUACUGUCAUUUUAAAUGACAGUCAAAUACACAUAGAAAGAUACAAACAUAUAGUCUCUGGCCAGUCAUACAGCUGUGGUGAGGGGAGCACAUGUAGGUUCAUGGAAAGUUGUAAAUACUAACAUAGCAUAUUAAGUUUCUUAAGACUCUUUUAUCAAUAGGACAUAUUGUACAAAUUGUAUAUUUGUACCAUAUUUAAUAUAACACCUCCCUAUACUAACAUUAACUUUUCAAACAAUGCAGUGCCUUUAUGUGAUUUGUCAGAAAUCUUGUUUUGAUUGAAUGUAGUCGUCAAUGAUUCUUUCCUAUAGUAAAAUACAAACCAUUUUUUCACAAAAUCACAAAAAUAAACACUUGUGCAUCUUA